UUGAACGCUAAGAUCCACUCAGGAUUGUACGCACUACAAGGCGGUUUAAAGCUGCAGUUUAUUUCUAAAAAUAUUAGUGUGACUUUAUAUGUCAAACAUGUAUGAGGAGUGUUGUUCGAAAGGAAUUACCGUUCCGAACUGUUCUAUUUGUGGCGUGUGCAUUGUAGCAAAUUCUGUAUUUCUGUGAUUGAAACACUCGACUGGAAAACAGCAGUGAAGUAUUCUGCAUAGUGUACCGUGUGUUUAUCAACGAGACAUGGAGUCCCCGGACGGGCCGAUGGAAGCGACUAUGAUUAGAUUGCGCCAGCUUGGUCUUGACGACCUCCAAAGACCCACUGAUUUGCAGUCGAUUAUCUAUGAAAGAAAAGAGAAAAGAGAUGAUUUCGGACCAAUGCAUACAGAUUCAACAGAAGAAGAUAUUAAUCAGCCGGAUUAUAAAUUAGAAGGUCCUGACGAGUUCGGAAAAUGUGCAGAAUGCGUCAAAGCUGUACCUGUUUUCGCAUAUGAUGAUAUGGAGGUCGGUGAUCAUAUUACUUUUUAUGGAAGAUUGUAUGAUCACCAUGCGAUUGUGAUUCAAAAACUAGGUGAAAACCAGAUCAAAAUCAUCGAAGCCACGAAUACACCAGCCGGGGCAGUCUUUGGUCUUAUGUUCUGGAAAAAAGCUUUCAUUGAGGAAACUGUGAAGACGCUUGAUUACGCAAACGAUAUAAUUAACGUUGUUGUUUACAAGAAUCGGGUGUUCACGAAGGCCAAGGUUGCAAGACGUGCGAGAGUGUAUUGUGAAAAGCAAAGAGAAAAUCGUGAUUUUGACUAUAAUGUUAUCCAAAAUAACUGCGAACAUUUUGCGACGUACUGCGUGACCGGAACACCGUUUAGCAUUCAAGCAGUAAAGUUUCUGAUGGUGAGCAAACUUUUUCUAGGCAGUGGAUUUCUUGGGAUAAGCGAUGAGAGAAUGCGCAACGCGAAAUUGUUCGAGAAUAACUUCAUAUGCAGUCGAUGUAACGAGAUGAACAAACGCCUUCUAAGCGUAAGCGUGAAACCGAUUUUAUCAGCAGAUAACGUUCACGCUGGUGACAUCAUCAGAUACACGUACUAUAAUUUACUGCACGAGGGAGUCGUUUUGGAAACGAAGAGAGCUGACAAGUCAUCAGUGAAUGUCAGCAUUGCGCAUUACGCUUUUUGUGGAUUUCUCUCACACAGAACGAUAAUUGAAGAAGAAAAUACUAUACGGUUUGAUGGCAGUUACGCUGUUCUUCAAUACGGGCCUCCGCAAUACGAAGUGUUUCCACCAGAAAAAGUAGUCGAACGAGCAAAGUCUCGCAUCAAUGAGCAGCGUUUCGUCUUCUUUUCAAAUGAUUCGAGUCAUUUCGCACGCUGGUGUAAGCUGCCACGAAAACGCAGCCAGUCGCGUGUACAGUUAAAUGCCAUUAUGGAACAAUCCUUCGAUGAACAACAGGACUUAACAUGUUCUCUUUGACUACAUUGCGUUUGUCGAUCAAACUUGUACGGACAAAAUAUGUUCGGAGAUGUGUAACAAAUAAUUGACUGCAAUGAUGUAUUGAAUGUUAAAAAGUGUUGAUUAAGAUUAAACUAGGGUUAAGCACGUGUUGCUUAAUGAUUAAGGUUAACAUUGCACAAUAACCCAAAACUUUGAGGACAGCCAAUCGGCCAUCUACAAGAGUAUGCAAUCAUGUGCCAAUUUCACUGUGUUAUUAUGGCGUAAUUGCACGCGAUUCCUAUCCAGGUUUAAUCGCCAAGUACACGUUCAUUUGGCACUUUCGAUAAAGUAAGCAAUAACUACUACGUUUAUUUUUUUCUAAAAUUUAACACUUAAAUUAUGGGUUUCUAUACUUUAAGUGGUUUUAUAAAAUCGAAAUAGAUUUAAAGAUAAAGAUUAAAUACUUUACUUGAGCUAAACAAAUUUAACCUGAACAAGAACCGCGUCGUUGAACGGAAUUUAUUACAUUUCUCAAUACUAUCUGUGUACAUUAACCGAGUGACAACCGUGCAUGUUUUAUUAUCCAUUGAAUGUAUAUUUGUAUGGGAUAGCAUGUGAGAGUAUUUAUGUACAUUAACCGAGCGACAACCGUGCAUGUUUUAUUAUCCAUUGAAUGUAUAUUUGUAUGGGAUAGCAUGUGAGAGUAUUUGUGUACAUUAACCGAGUGGCAACCGUGCAUGUUUUAUUAUCCAUUGAAUGUAUAUUUGUAUGGGAUAGCAUGUGAGAGUAUUUGUGUACAUUAACCGAGUAACAACCGUGCAUGUUUUAUUAUCCAUUGAAUACAUAUUUGUAUGGGAUAGCAUGUGAGAGUAUUUGUGUACAUUAACCGAGUAACAACCGUGCAUGUUUUAUUAUCCAUUGAAUGUAUAUUUGUAUGGGAUAGCAUGUGAGAGUAUUUGUGUACAUUAACCGAGUGACAACCGUGCAUGUUUUAUUAUCCAUUGAAUGUAUAUUUGUAUGGGAUAGCAUGUGAGAGUAUUUGUGUACAUUAACCGAGUGACAACCGUGCAUGUUUUAUUAUCCAUUGAAUGUAUAUUUGUAUGGGAUAGCAUGUGAGAGUAUUUGUGUACAUUAACCAAGAAACAACCGUGCAUGUUUUAUUAUCCAUUGAAUGCAUAUUUGUAUGGGAUAGCAUGUGAGAGUAUUUGUGUACAUUAACCGAGAGACAACCGUGCAUGUUUUAUUAUCCAUUGAAUGUAUAUUUGUAUGGGAUAGCAUGUGAGAGUAUUUAUGUACAUUAACCGAGUGACAACCGUGCAUGUUUUAUUAUCCAUUGAAUGUAUAUUUGUAUGGGAUAGCAUGUGAGAGUAUUUAUGUACAUUAACCGAGUGACAACCGUGCAUGUUUUAUUAUCCAUUGAAUGUAUAUUUGUAUGGGAUAGCAUGUGAGAGUAUUUGUGUACAUUAACCAAGAAACAACCGUGCUUGUUUUAUUAUCCAUUGAAUGCAUAUUUGUAUGGGAUAACAUGUGAGAGUAUUUGUGUACAUUAACCGAGUGACAACCGUGCAUGUUUUAUUAUCCAAUGAAUGCAUAUUUGUAUGGGAUAACAUGUGAGAGUAUUUGUGUACAUUAACCGAGUGACAACCGUGCAUGUUUUAUUAUCCAUUAAAUGUAUAUUUGUAUGGGAUAACAUGUGAGAGUAUUUGUGUACAUUAACCGAGUGACAACCGUGCAUGUUUUAUUAUCCAUUGAAUGCAUAUGUGUAUGGGAUAGCAUGUGAGAGUAUUUGUGUACAUUAACCGAGUGACAACCGUGCAUGUUUUAUUAUCCAUUGAAUGUUUAUUUGUAUGGGAUAGCAUGUGAGAGUAUUUAUGUACAUUAAUCGAGUGACAACCGUGCAUGUUUUAUUAUCCAUUAAAUGUAUAUUUGUAUGGGAUAGCAUGUGAGAGUAUUUAUGUACAUUAACCGAGUGGCAACCGUGCAUGUUUUAUUAUUCAUUGAAUGUAUAUUUGUAUGGGAUAGCAUGUGAGAGUGUUUGUGUACAUUAACCGAGUGACAACCGUGCAUGUUUUAUUAUCCAUUGAAUGUAUAUUUGUAUGGGAUAGCAUGUGAGAGUUUUUGUGUACAUUAACCAAGAAACAACCGUGCAUGUUUUAUUAUCCAUUGAAUGUAUAUUUGUAUGGGAUAGCAUGUGAGAGUAUUUGUGUACAUUAACCGAGUGACAACCGUGCAUGUGUUAUUAUCUAUUGAAUGUAUAUUUUUAUGGGAUAGCAUGUGAGAGUAUUUGUGUACACUAACCGAGUGACAACCGUGCAUGUGUUAUUAUCUAUUGAAUGUAUAUUUUUAUGGGAUAGCAUGUGAGAGUAUUUGUGUACAUUAACCGAGUGACAACCGUGCAUGUGUUAUUAUCUAUUGAAUGUAUAUUUGUAUGGGAUAGCAUGUGAGAGUAUUUGUGUACACUAACCGAGUGACAACCGUGCAUGUGUUAUUAUCUAUUGAAUGUAUAUUUGUAUGGGAUAGCAUGUGAGAGUAUUUGUGUACACUAACCGAGUGACAACCGUGCAUGUUUUAUUAUCCAUUGAAUGCAUAUUUGUAUGGGAUAGCAUGUGAGAGUAUUUGUGUACAUUAACCGAGUGACAACCGUGCAUGUUUUAUUAUCCAUUGAAUGCAUAUUUGUAUGGGAUAACAUGUGAAAGUUAAAAACUGUCUUGAAAAGUUAUUGGGGAUUAAAAAGGAUGUUUGCUGUACAUAUUUUAUUUCGUUACCAUUUUAAAAUUUUACUUUACAUUUUAUAUGUAGAGACAGAAAAUGUAAACAAUACUGAAAAUAGUAAAGCAAUGAAGAUGUUUUACUCUUCAAAAGAUUGCAAAAUAUGACCUUAACGUCCGAUAAGAGUUGCAAUAUAGAGCAUAUAAAGGAAUCAGCAACAAGCAAACACCUUUCAAAUGUACCGAAAUUGUGUCGGGUCGGUCACCUGACAUCAAGAUUUAACAUCAUGGUUAACGAGUUUGUCAGAAAAAAUAGCUUAUGUGUGAGUCGAAUUGCUUAAGUUUAAGUUUGCAACAUUUAUAUGAUUGUUCAAAGAGUGAGGUUGAAUAUUCAUAGACUUCUUAACACCCGACUUCCAGUCUACACAGUGAACAUUUGCUUUGCUUUGCUGACAUAAAUACUGAUAUUCAAAUGUUUAAUUAUUCAGAAAUAUUGUUUUUGUAUAUCAUACGUCAGCUAUGUGCAUUAAUUGUGACAUUAUGUGUCUCUCGUCAGUGUCUAUAAGGUCAAUUUGACAAGUUUGCUUGUCCCUGUAGUUUCCAUUAAAUUAUUAAAAUAAAUGCAUUUGUCUAUACAUUUUGUAAAUAUUUGAUAGUCCGUACUGAAGAAAUGUUUAUAACAAAAUGAAUGUCUUCAAUGAUGUAUGUAUAAUAGUGUAGUUUCUAUUUUGUAGAUAUAUAUAUAUAUAUAUAUAUUUGCAUGUUGACUAAUAUACAUAAUUGAAGUUAUAUUGAAUGAAACAGUGUUUACGCUGUACGGAAUAGGUGUGUAACACGUGAGAAUUGUAAAAGCAUUUCACAUAUAGUCAUGUGUCAAUAUAUAUGGUACUAGCUGAAUGUAAGUAUAUACCAUGUUUGAUUUUUAUGUUUGACAAAAAACAUAGCUGGUGUAAUAGUUCUAUUGUUGUAUAUGAGUGUUUUCUUCACCUUGAGUUUCUAAUUGUUUCCGAAUGUUUCUAUUUAACAACUUUUAACUCAUGCUCCAUUUUUUAUUGUUUAAAAAAUAAUGUUUAAAAUAUAUGACCGGGCAUUAUAAAGGAAUAUCAUAAGAGUGGAUUUUUAACACAGAAUAUUAAUGAUAUUAGAAUAUUAAUGAUAUUUUGGUAAAUUUCCAUUCUUGACUCGCAUAGAAAAUAAGUAAAAACUCAUAAGUUGAUGUACGUCCUCAGGAAUCCCGCUUGUCUCCGGUUAUUGCUCUUGCCAGAACUUAUUUAGUUCAGUUAUAGACAUUCAGACUGUUUGACAAGCAUUGUAUGAUGUUCAUGUUGUCCACAGGUCGAAUAUUAAUCUUAUAUUAGAGAGAUUGCUUAACACUUCAUGUUCGGGUGUGUUUACUUGUGUACUACGUUUUUGUGUGGCUACGUCAUUAGGGUAUGUGUACGUGUGUACUUACUUUUUUCGCCUACGUCAUCAGGGUAUGUUUACAUUGAAUGAGCUUAAAACAGCAUUCAUAAAAGCACGAAGAAAGCGAUUUAUGUUAGUAUAUGUGAACAUGUAUACAUACAAGUAGAAGUGUAUAGCGCCAUUCGCAAACGAAUUUGGCUUUCAACGGCAACUUAAGCAUUUUCGUGUAGCUAAAAGUAAAAAAACAAUUAGACGUGCACGUCGUGUUUCGCAACUCUCUUUUAUUUCACGUAUCUACUUCAUCUCCACAAAACGUAUUACAUACUGAUAUGUGUGGUUUUAUUAGCAUGAGAACGUGUGUACAUGUAUCGUUCACACACAUAAUAUUUGUAUAUAGUUUCAAUUGUAAUCACGAUUUGAUGCUGUUUAAAGCGCCCCUUUAAUCAGUUUCAUGCGUUAUCUUGUAAUGAUAAUACCUACACCUUUAUAUAAUUUUAGUAUCAUGAUAAUACCUAAACCUUUAUAUAAUUUUAGUAUUAUGGUAAUACCUACACCUUUAUAUAAUUUUAGUAUUAUGGUAAUACCUACACCUUUAUAUAAUUUUAGUAUAAUGGUAAUACCUACACCUUUAUAUAAUUUUAGUAUUAUGGUAAUACCUACACCUUUAUAUAAUUUUAGUAUUAUGGUAAUACCUACACCUUUAUAUAAUUUUAGUAUUAUGGUAAUACCUACACCUUCAUAUAAUUUUAGUAUUAUGGUAAUACCUACACCUUUAUAUAAUUUUAGUAUUAUGAUAAUACCUACACCUUCAUAUAAUUUUAGUAUAAUGAUAAUACCCACACCUUUAUAUAAUUUUAGUAUUAUGAUAAUACCCACACCUUUAUAUAAUUUUAGUAUUAUGAUAAUACCUACACCUUUAUAUAAUUUUAGUAUUAUGGUAAUACCUACACCUUUAUAUAUAUUUAGUAUUAUGGUAAUACCUACACCUUUAUAUAAUUUUAGUAUUAUGGUAAUACCUACACCUUUAUAUAUAUUUAGUAUUAUGGUAAUACGUACACCUUUA